UCUCCCUCUUCCCGCGCUAUAACCUUCAACGUCGUCGUUUAACCAUCUACGACAUACACGAACGCAGCACAACCUCUGAAUCUCAAUUCCUCCAUUCAAACAUAUUUUUUAUGUUCCUCGUUGAUCAACCACUGCCAACCUCGAAAUUUUCUUGCCAUGUCGUUUCGACGUAUGCGAAAUUCUAGGGUUUCUCAUCUCCUCUUAUUAUUCUUCUCCAUAUUCCUCACCUGUUUUCCAGGGUUGAUACUAUCUGCGGACGUAACGCUAAGCUCGAUCGAGAUCUUCACGACCCACGAGUGGCUAAGAGCCACUCCAACUGUUUAUUUUCUAUGCAUAGGGGGAAACAAGACCCUUUUGCCUGAUGUUAAGAAAAAACAUGUCUUUUACGCGUUUAAGGGUGAAGAGUCUUGGCAGCCUUUGACUAAUUUUACAGGUAAAAAGUGCAAGCGAUGUGGAUUCUAUGAGGAAGACAAAAUUCUUUCGGAUGAUGUGUUUGACGAGUGGGAAUUGUGUCCUUCUGAUUUUGUUGGCCCGGAUGGUAGAUAUGUCCACUUCAAGGAAAAAGAAUUCAAUGCUAGUUUUCUAUGCCCCGAGUGCUUGUCUUUUUCUGCAGGUUCUAUUUCUGCACCUGCUGGGAAUCAUGUUAAAAAAAGAACGAAUGUAGCAGUUGUGAUUUUAUUAAGUAUUUUGGUUUUAACUAUAUUGGUCCUGGUAAUGGUGGGUGCAUACAAGUAUUGGCAAAAGAAAAAGAGGGAGCAAGAUCAGGCUCGAUUUUUGAAGCUAUUUGAAGAAGGAGAUGACAUUGAGGAUGAGCUAGACCUUGGCCCUAUGAUAUGAUAGCAAACGAAUUCCCUCCUGUACAGUAGAUUUUCCUCACAAUUUUGUUUAUGAAAAAAGUAUGUGAAAAUAUUUUCUUGUUUGAUGUGCAACAUUCAAUAUAAGUGAUAGUUGUCAAAGUGGACAGCGAUAUGUUAUUGUUCAUAUUACCUGCACAUAAUACACAUACUAUAUAUGGCUACUGAAAACUAUGCUUUCGUUGAUUCUUC